CAAGCGUUGUCAUAUUGACGGUCUGAUAGGAUCGCUUUGCAGAAAACUGAGGCCAAGAGAAGAGCUCUCCUUGAUACAAGGAGCAUUAGUUCGAUAACAUCAUCAGGACCGAAGAUACCAAAGCGAAUUGUCAUAAACCAGAAGAGAAAAUACACUUUUAUCAAGCAGAACCCAGAGCGUGGAAUCAGAGGCAGAUUAUGGAAGAAUGUAACUUUCCCCCAUAUCCUACGGACGGUGAAUUAUAUUGCAACGCCACCUUUGACGUGCAGUGUUGGAACUUCACUCUGGCGGGAACAACAGCCCUUGGGGCGUGUCCAGAGAACCAUCAAUUUUCUAUACUUUUUGAUGAUCCGGAAGGUUAUUCCUACAGAAAAUGUGAAACGAACGGUCAGUGGGGCAGACCAAAUUAUAGGCCCUGUGUUUCUCCAGAUUCCAUAAAAGAAAUUACAAGUGAUAGCACGCACUUACCGAUAAUAACGUAUAUCUACAUCAGUGGAUACGCAUUAUCAAUAUUGCUUCUCGUUAUUGCAUUGAUCAUCUUUGGAAAAUUCAGACAACUCUGGUGCAAACGUGUCUUUAUUCAUUCCAAUUUGUUCUCAGCAUACAUUCUGAAUGGAUUUGCAUGGAUUGCAGUUUACACAAUACCGACGGUUUAUACCCGUCUUUCGAAUGCUUUGCCUUAUGUUGGAUUGUACACCCUGUCAUGCUGUUACGGGUGGAUGCUGGCCGAGGGAAUAUUCUUGCACUUCUGUUUGGCGAACGCUUUUUCUAAUAAGAAAACUCUGGUGAUUGUUUGUUGCAUCGUCGGGUGGGUUUGUCCUGCCAUUUCAGCGGGAACAUAUGCAGUUGCAGUGUUGAUCGAAGAAGAAGGAUCAAAUAUCAAGUAUUUGCCGAAAAAUAUGGACUAUCUAUGGAUAAUACUUGUCCCUAUCAUCCUUUCUCAGUUGUUAAACAUAAUAUUUCUGAUCAACAUCAUAAGAAUACUGCGAUCUCAAGUACAAAGGGAGGACAAUAGAAACUCAUUGCGAUACAGAAAAAUUGCCCGCGCCAUCCUAAUUCUGAUACCUCUCAUGGGGUUGCAAAACCUCACAAAGGCAGUGAAGAUUGACUCGGUCUAUUUUAGUUACUUCGCUGCAGUCAUAUCAUCUUACCAGGGAGCUGUUGUUGCUGUUUUGUUCUGUUUCCUGAACAGAGAGGUUUUAAGAGCUAUGGACAAUAAGAUUACCACUUGGAGAAGACUUUCUGCAAGUUUGUCGAGGGGAUCAGAUAAAUUUUCCAUUAUGUUCAACAUAAGAAGAAGUAGUAGCAACCAGAAUCCUAGCGCCGAAAAACUGGAACCAGACCCUCUCCUGUAAAGACAUGUUGUCACCUCUUACCCAACCAAGGUCCCUACGAACAGCAAAUAGCCACACUGUUUCUUACUGGAAAUUUGUUCAAGAAAAAUCUCUGCUGUCCAAGACAUAGCUUUUUUCCGCUGUAAUAUUGAUAUCCGUCUAUCCGCUUUCAUUUCUCGGUUUCUCUUUUAAACCUCGAAUAGGAGCAGGUCGUCAACCAUGGCUAGCGAAAAUCAUCUCUCAUGAAUCCUAAAAUUGUAGAACAAUGCACGAAAAUUCUCCCUCCUUUCCUUGUGAAUAUAUAAUAUUUAUGUUCAUCUGAAGACGGAUGUUUAAAUCCAGAAAGCGCUUGUGAAAUAGGAUUUUUGGAACUGUGCAUGUGUUUCUUUGUUUAAUUCAUGGACGCAAUGUUUCUAUUUCAAUGUACUUUAACAUAUUAGAAAAAAAUAUAUACUAGUACCUAGUAAAGUAUAUGUAUGUUAAUGAUUAUUUUAUUGUUUUUCAAAUAAAACUUGAUGUAUGUUGUUUUGAAAUGAUUAAAUUGGUUUUUUUUUAAUCCUUUAAAAACAUGAGGGGCUCAGAAACAUGAGAUGUCGUUGUAAAAUUUAUAAUCAUGCUUAUUACGUUAUUAUUGUAUAAUUGUACUUCAGAUUGUAAAUCGUAUACUCUUUUUGUAAAUAAAGUCGUAUUUUACAAGAGG